CAAAAUAAACCCCUUUUUUUAAAUUUUAGAUUUGUGUAGUAUUUACGUAGAUUAUAAAAAUGAUAUCUAUAUCACAAUUGAAAUUGAAACAUUGUGAUCUUAAAAGUAUAUAAAUUUCAUUCAAAAAUUUUUCAUUUUUAAUUCAUUUUUUUUUAAAAUUAUUUUGCACAACAUAAAGUUAUGAAUAAAAUAAUUUUAGUGACUGGGGGUUCUGGUUUAGUUGGGAGUGCCAUCAAAGAUGUUGUAGAACAUGAAGGUAAUGCAUUACCUGAUGAAAAAUGGAUAUUUACAAAUUCAAAAGAGGCCGAUCUUAGCAAUCUACAAGACACUAGAACCUUGUUUGAAAAAUAUAAACCAACACAUGUAAUUCAUCUAGCUGCAAUGGUUGGAGGUUUAUUUCAUAAUAUGAACAACAAUUUAGACUUUUUGCGUAAAAAUAUUCACAUUAAUGACAAUGUACUUGAGACUAGUUAUCAAUUCAAUGUAACUAAAGUAGUAUCUUGUCUUUCUACCUGCAUAUUUCCUGAUAAAACUUCUUACCCAAUUGAUGAAUCUAUGAUUCAUAAUGGACCGCCUCAUUCUUCUAACUUUGGUUAUAGCUAUGCAAAGCGUCUAUUAGAUAUUUCUAAUAGAGCCUAUCAUCAGAAAUAUGAAGUUGUUUUUACAUCAGUUGUUCCAUGUAAUGUUUAUGGACCGAAUGAUAAUUUUGACUUACAAAAUGCUCAUGUUGUUCCUGCUUUAAUUCAUCGUUUAUAUCAAGCUGUAAAUAAUGGUGAUAAAAAAUUUGUAGUACUAGGUUCAGGUAAACCUUUGCGUCAAUUUAUUUAUUCACUAGAUCUUGCAAAACUAUUUAUUUGGGUCCUGAGAAACUAUAAUGAUGUGGAACCAUUAAUAUUAUCAGUGGAUGAAAAGGAUGAAAUAUCUAUACGUCAACUAGCAGAAUUAAUAUCUAAAAAUUUCAAUUUUCAAGGUACUUUAGUAUAUGAUACCAGUGCAGCUGAUGGACAAAUUAAAAAAACUGCUAGUAAUAAAAAACUUAGACAACUUUUACCAGAUUUUGAAUUUACUAAUAUGGAAUCAGCAAUAGCUCAUACAGUUAAAUGGUUUCAAAAUAACCAUAAACAUGCAAGGCUUGUCAAUUAAUGAAUGUUUCUUAUAAAUUAUAUGAAUUAAAUUUUUAAUUAUUAAAAAAAAAAUGUAUAUGAAAAUUCUAUGCCAUAAAAGUAUUUUUUAACUACCAUUUUUUAUAUUAUAAAAGAAACUUAGUUGCAAUUACCUGUAAUAUUUAAAAUUGAUUGUUUGAUAAGAGCAUUAAAUUAUAUUUAUAAUGGAUUAGUGCACUAAUAUGUUAAUAAAUAUAUCGUUACUCAAACCAUAUAAAAUAUUAAAAGAAAUAAUCUAAUUUCCUUCUACCUAGAAUAUACUUUCGUA